GUACAGAUUUUGUUUCCUUUUGUUGAUGGAUUGGAGGCUCAAUAAGAUUAUUUGGAAUCUCCCCCAGGAAGCCAAGUAAACUUGAAGGAAAGUAGGUAUUCUCUUGACGCGGGACAGUAGCUGAACUUCCUGAGGGCUAUUGUCCACAAGUGGUCUUUAAGUUGUUCACAAUUUUUCUCUGACCUUCACCCAGUUGGAUGAGCCACUCAAAGGAGUCAAAACCAGUUUCUUUCCCUAGACAGCAUAGGGAAGAAUGGCUCUGAGUGCGGUAUAUUAGGAUUAAAGUAGGGACCAUAUGUCUGUCACAUUGUACUUCAUUUCUAACAACGCAAGCUGUCAUUCAUCCCAUUUCUCUUGUUGAACUAUAUGGAGUAGGUGAGCCUAUGGUUCUCCCUGACAAGUCAUCCCAAGUGGUACACUUGCUUCUCCCCACUGUUCUAUCCCCUGCCUCAAUAUCCUGCAGCUGUUGUGAGAAAGGUGAUGUGCAGGCUUCAGAGAGACAGAUGAUGAGAUGGGCAUGUAGAUGGGUGUGCCCUUCCCCUUGAGAGUUCCAGCUGAUAGAUACCUCUCCACCAGAUUUGAAUAGGACCAUGGUGAUGGUAGUGCUUGGCAGCAUAGCUGGGGGUAAAUUGCCUGCUCUCUUGUAUACCAAUAUGUUUGCUCAGUUUAUUUGUCUAUUGGUCUUCCUAAUACAAGCAAACAUCUGAUCAAUUUUUCUUUGCAGUGCACUGGACAACUGGAUCUUUUAUAAGUGGCAGAUUAAAAGAAGUUCAGAUAUUAAGGACAAAUUAUUCUACUAAGCUUUGCUGGUCCAUGACCACUCAUCAGUUCUGGUCCAUGACCAGUUUAUUUUAACUGUUGAAUGAAUUUAGACUAUAGUUUUGAUAGCUGGUGGCAAGGGCAGAGAGGAAGACAAGAUGUCCUGCCUUUUCCUAGGACAUCAAGCAACUGUGUGCAACCAUAACAUCCAGCCGGCAGUACAGGCAAUGAGAAGUUAACGACUGAGAGGUGAAAAAUAGAGGUGCACAUAGUCAAAGGAAUUGUGAACUCUUAUUUAGUCCUAUUCUUUUCAUUCUUCAAAAAAGCUCAAGAGCAUCUCGUAACAGAUGGUUUCAAGUGUCUACCAAUCAAAGCUAUGCGGCUCAGGGUGAAGAGGCUUCUAGGGCAACAGUGCUGCCUCCAGGUAUCUGGCCAAGAGAGCAUCUCUCUGGUGAAAAGCCUGGUAUCAGAAGAACUGAAUGUCCCUGAGAACGAGCAGACCCUGUUGUUCCAGGGCAAAGUACUGGAUGGGGAACAUAGACUGUCAGAUUAUCCUAUUGGCCCAGAGUCCAUUCUCUAUCUUGUCAUUAAAAAACCUGAGCAAACGUCUCUUAAAGAGCCCUCCAAACCAACCCCUGCCCAGCCCCACUCUGUGUGGUAUCAACUCUCCCAAGUGCUGGAGAAACACUUCAGAACUUCUGAUGCAGUGAAGGUUCUUGAAAGAGUCUUGAAUGACUACUACAGAGACAUCGGCUUGCUGAGCUUGGAAAACAUUGAAGAGUUAGCAGGGAGUAUUCUGAAUCCCAAGGAAACUGAGGAUGAACCAGUGACUACAAGUGAGUUUCUACAGGAAGAGCAUCACCCCAGCCUGGCCCUGGUAGCUGGAACCAGGAAGGAACAAGCAACUCAAACUGAAGCACAAGAUGUGGGAUGGAUGGUCGUUCUGGAAGAGCUCUGAAUAGACCUGGUGAUGGUGAUGGUAACAGUGCUGGUGCGAGGAGUGGUGGUGCCAAAUUAGAAUCUUCAGAAUAAAAAGUAAUGAAGAUGAAUGGAUCAUAGUGGGAUUUUUUUUCAGGGAGACAAUGUUGCUCCUUUAAUGCCAUACCGCCCAAGUGUCCUUUUCACAUAUUUGCCCCACUGGCUACACCUGCUGAUUUUGCAAGGUUUUCUUCUUUCCAC